UAAACACAGAGGACCAUUUUGAUCAGAGAAAUCCAGAGGCCAGGGUAGAGUAUCAACUUCUCAUCAAAGCUUUUCUGUUAUCAUCUAUGCAACGCCUUAAACAGUCCUCGCGCCAUGGAUUUCUAUAUCAAUUUGAAGGUGAAUUUCCGAGGGAAUGCGAAGAGUUUCUUGCUAUCUGGCUCAGAGACGAAGAGUUGGGAGUCUAUGGAGGCCAUGGUGAAGAGGUCUUUUGGCCUGUGUAACUUACAAGUGACGUAUUUCGAUGAGGAAAAUGAAGAGGUAUCAAUAAACAGCCAAUUGGAAUAUGAAGAGGCCCUGAAGAGUGCUGCACGACAGGGGAACAGACUGCAAAUGAAUGUGUAUGAGACUAGGGGCAAUAUAUACAGAGUGCCAGGACCAGGUCCACCACCAGGGCCAGGGGUGGGUUUGGGUCAGGUGAAACCUAUUAGUGUUGGAGAACCUAAGAAGGGAUUCAGGCCUCCUCAGCACUGUCCCACUUUGGCACAAGUGGUGAGUCGCAAAGUUCAAGCUGCAGUGCCAGAGGAAGGAUUGAUAAUUGUAAAUGAAAUCAAAGGUGGGAAAGCAGAGGAUAAGACACCUCCAGCCUGGUUCACAUCAUACAUGGAAAAGUUUAAGGACCAGGUGGUUCGGGAGGCAGUAGAGAAGAUCUGUAGAGAGUUCUCUGGACAAUGUUGCAUCCAUAAGCCGGUGGGAGCAGAGGCACAGAUUCCUGAGGUCACCUCAUCCACUCUGCCGGGGGUCCCAAGUUCAGCUCCAGCCUGCAGCAGCUGCCGGGGCCAGACCGCAGGCGGUGGAUACCAAUGCAGUGUGUGUACCUCCUGCACUCUGUGUGAGCCUUGCAGCUUCUCACAUGAUCCAAGCCACAACCUUGUGAGAGCCCGAACUCCGCUGUCCAUUCCUGAACACGGCUCUCCAGCACCAGACCACAGCAGGUUCUACAGAAGGGGUGACCGGAGCUUUCGUAAGGCAGAAAAGCAGCGUCUUAAAGCAGAGAAGCGACAGCUUAAAGCGGAGGUGAAGGAGAUCAGGAAGCAGCUGAGGAUGGAGAGAAGAGGACUGCAGUGGAGUGCUCCUGGAGAAGGGAACUCUUCACCUGUUCUGCUGCAGCCACGGGCCACACAGGCAAACAGCCCAGAUCGUCCUAAACGCCCAUGCCCACUGGCUGUGCCAGCUAUGACUGCUCUUCUACUGGAUGAAAACCUGCCUGAUGGAUCACGCCUGUGUCCUGGGACCAAAUUCAUCAAAUACUGGAAAAUGAAAAACAGCGGAAGAGCGUGCUGGGACUCGGAGACCAAGUUGAAGUUCAUGUGGGGGAACCUGGCAGUGGGCUCGGCUGAAAGGUGGCGAGAGGUUGCAGUUCCCACACUGCAGCCAGGUCAGGUGGGUGUGGUCAGUGUUGCACUCUGCACUCCGACGCUAGAGGGCACCUAUACCUCUCACUGGCGCCUGGCACACAGAGGAGAGCAGUUUGGGCCGCGUGUGUGGUGUAGCAUUGUGGUGGAUCCUCAUGCUCCUACUGCCAUCUGUGCUGACGGACUGCUGGUGUCCCCUUGUGUCACCCCACAGGAAAAGUCUUCUCGCAUACUUGAGAGGCAGGAGAAAUGCCUGGCUGCCUCAAGGGACCAACUGCUCUUGUCCGUGAACCAAGAUUGUGAUCAGGAAUUCUACAUUCCAUCUGUGGAUUUACUCACAGCUCAGGAUUUGCUGUCUUUUGAACUGCUUGACAUCAAUAUUGUGCAGGAGCUGGAGAGUGUGCCAAACAACACUCCUGCAGACGUUACUCCAUGCAUAUCACCUUUGCCUCAUGAUGGACCAUUUCAGGAGAAACCAACAUUGGGGCUGAUCCAAAAAGAAACGAAAGUCCAAAGGGUCAGCAGCAUCCUGGAUGUGACCCAGAGGACAGAAUUAGAGGGAAUUCCAGCUCAAGAAAAAGGAGAGGAGAGCAUCAUUGGGCCUCAGUUUGUGAGUCCAUCUAUGAUCCGCUCACUUACACUUUGUGAAGCUGCAGAACAUGUUACACUUUGUGGGAGAUGCCCAGCUAAAGUUGUACGCCCAGCCCCCCAAGGUUCGGUGUCUCUUUGUGAGAGGAAAACAGAGAAAGUUCCAGAAACAGGGUUAAUAUCUGCUCCAGCCCCACUCAGAGUAGAGACCGCACGAGUCUCUGCCCCCGCUCCACCCCAGACAGAGACGGCUGAGAUAUCCGCUCCUGCUUCCCUGCUGAUGGUUCCAACAGAGCUGAAUAGCACAGAUGAGGGUCAUGAGUCUGAUAUUGAGCAAAUCCUAGUGGAACCUGUGGGUGGGGAACAGGUAGAGGAAGGAGAGGAGGAAGUGGAUAAGAAAGAGGAAGUGAAGAGUGCAGUAGCAGCUAAGGAAACCCGCAGCAGAACUUCAUCUGCAUCCUCAGAAGACUACAUCAUCAUCCUUCCUGAUUGCUUUGACACUAGCCGACCUCUUGGGGAGUCCAUGUACAGCUCAGCUCUGUCCCAGCCUGGAGAAGAGCCUGCAGAGGGAUCGGUGGAGGUGGAGAAACUGGAAUCAGUGGAGACUGCAGAGCUCCAGAGCCCCAGUGCUGCUACUGCAGAUGCUAAUGAUAUGCUCUGUGCCUCACAGACUCUGGACACUGUGCCACUAACUCCUGUGAUUGUAGUGGCACCCCGGCCCUCAGCUAAAUCCUGCACAGAGACACAAGAGCAGAUGGAGAAUGGAGCAGAAAAGCAGGAGGGGAGUGAUCCAAGUGAGCCAGGAGACAAAAAGAGAGAUUCUGAGCCCAGUCAGAACUCAUCAGUAUCUUUAAAGUCUGAAACAGAAGAGCUCAGGGCUAAUAGCAUCACAGGUGGAUUAGUGAAAGGUGCCCUAUCUGUGGCAGCAUCUGCCUAUAAAGCUCUUUUUACUGGACAGACUGGUUCUGAGAAGCUCCCAGAAGACGCAGCUUCUCAUGACGCCAUGAUGGCUGUGCUGGUAGAGAUGGGCUUUGGUGACCGAGCAUUAAACCAGUGUCUUCUGCAGAAACACAACCACAACCUGCUGGAUGUGGUUAACGAACUGGUGCAGAUGACUGACAACGACUGGUACACAACACACUACUAAAAUGCAGAUAAAUUAUUUCUUUCUAUUUCUUUCUUUCUUUUUUUUGCUGUUUAUCAUUCUCUGUGCAAUCAGCAGCCCAUUCCAUGAUACAGACUCUUUUAUUCCAUUUGGGUUGUCAAGAUGGUGUGUUUGUAUUUGAAUAUGUCUGCUCCAAAAUGUGUAAUGGAUAAUCGUUAUGGUGCGUUCAGACCAGAGAGUCAAAUUGACCGGAAGUCAUUAAUUUUCAAUGGCAGCCAGCGGCUCUCGGCAGCGAGAAGCGCCGCGUCCGUGGCCGGCGUGUCUUGGGCGUUUUGGGCGUCAGAGGAAAGUUCAAGUGCGGGCAACAUUAUGGUAAUGAGCUUUGACGCAGUUCGGCGGCAACCUAUUGGAAUAUAGAAGUGCUCCGCUCUAGUGAAUCUAGAGAACACAACAGAGUAAACUUUGGUUCCCACCAAACAAUAGUUCCGAAGACAAAAUGGACGAGAAACUAAUUUUUGCCAUGGCUGGUUCUCCUGUAAUAUACGAUCUGUCCCUGUUUGCUUACAGGGAUAUAUGUAUUUUAUUUUGUUUAUUUUGGUAACAAACAACCAUCAUUUUAAUUACUUUCUGUCAUCGAACGAUUUCUUAAUUUCACAUUUAAAAGAUUUCAUGAGGAUAUACGCUACUUGUGAUAGGUCAGCUAAAAGAUAUCGGUCAGCAUGUCUGGAUGUUUUGCGGCCCCUUUAAAUAUAUUUCACAAAACCAAGCAUUCCGAACGAAUGUUGCAGACUAUUUCAACUACGUCAGAGCGUCCGCUAAUCUUCCAUAGCGUUGUUGGCAGGGCAGCCAACGCAAAUUUUGACACUCUCGCCUCCUCUGGUCUGAACGCACAGUUAGAGAAACAAUUCAUCAACAUAACAACUGUGCUUGUUCAAGUUUGUUGUUAGUGGGCAUUAAUGUUAUCACAAAGAUGAUCAUAGGUAGCUAAGAAACACUAAUGGUUAAUGAUUAUUCCAAAACAAUCCAAAAAUACGCCAUGCUUCAAAUGAAAACCUAUGAUAUGAUGAUUUGGAAGAAUAGUGUAUUUAACCACAAAUCAUUCUAAUAGUUAUGCAAGUAUAAAAAGCUUUGCAAUGUGACUGAUUAUUUAUAAUAUUUAAAGUGGUUUCUGUUCCCAGGAAAAGAGCUGGUAUUGGAAAAGUGCAAUAGAUUUGGCUUUGUGUAGACUUUGUCUUAAUCAUCAGCCAAGACCAAAUAGAGAAAGGCUUCUUAGAAUUAAAAUUACAUGUGUCAUCUUAAUAUGGACAAAAGAUGACGAAAUUACUCUUAACUGGAGAAGUCAGUGUUAUUUUUAGUGUGUAUGGUUGGUUGUUUGCUGUAAUUAUAAGCUCUUCUUGCUUAUAUGUGGGAAUUAUUAUUAUUAUAUUGAAGACCAUUGACUUGUUUAUAAAAGGUCCAAAAAAGUAGGGCACAUAUUGCACUAAGUGAAUGAAUUGGCAUUCAUGUCCAUUGUCUGAAAAGGUCAUGUCUUGAAGGCAUUUUAUUUAAACAGUUUAAAUUGGACUGAAAUGGACAGUGUUUUGUGUUUUAACUUACACUUUGAAUGUUUAAGGAAAGGCAAUCGUAAAAUAUAUUCAACUCCUGGGAAUGUCUCAUUAAUGAAAAUGAUGACACAUAGUUAAAUAUUACUUGUUGUUUAUUCCAAAAUCAGAACAUUGAAUCAUGCAAAUUAUAUAUAUUUUGAUAAUUAAAUAGUGCUUGUAUUUAGUGUAAUGAAAAAUGUAUCUCAAAGCUUUUCUUAAGUUGGAGAUAUUAAAACUAACUAAUGUCUGGACUGUGAAAAUUCCCAGUAAAACAUUAAAUUUCCCAGUUUACUUUAUCAAUGAAGAUAACAUGUUUGAUAAAGUGUGUGUGAUUGUUAAUUGGAUGUACAAGUGGCACAUCCAUAAUUUAACAAUCACCUGCUUGUAUUCCAGUGCUAAGGUUUAUCUGCGUAUAUGUUUUAGCACAUUACUCUACUACUUCCACAGGAAAGCUGUAGUUUGGUCUUGGCGCUUGCAGAGGUCAGUAGAGGUUUUAGGUUGAACUGCCUGGACCAUGUGAUUCUUAAACAUAUUCCAUAGAGACAGACUUGCCUCACUCCAUGUUUGAUUGCUGAAUGAAGUAUUCAUAAUGUCUCUGCUUGUGUUAUUUCAUGAGCCUGCAUCUAAUGUACACAUUUCUCUGUAAUAAAUAUCCUAAUA